AUGUGUACACACAAAGUACAAUUUUACCAAUGUGCUCUGAUAAUGAUACUAAUUUUGUUAGUAGCAGUUGUAUUUAAUUGUUCUAUCGUUAUUAACAGUUUGUGCAAUAUUAGGCAUAUGUUACAAUUAUUGCAUAACUGGAAGAAUUUACAAGGAUUAGAAUAUAUGAUCCAUACUCAUACUACGGUUGAAGUCAAUGUGUGUUAUGAUAUUAAUGAAAUAAUAUCUGUGACAGUAUUUCACCAUUGUCUUUUGUAUUCCCUAGUAGUUACAUUCCAACAGUCAGAUACAACAAGUUACACCUUCUAUAAAAAUACACACAGCUUAUUUGUUCAUUCUUAG